UGCUCCUUGAACUCCUGCUCCACUCCUGUGGAGACACGUCCAGAUAUGUGCCGGGUAAAUAUUUAGAGAGACCUGAGCAUGAACAACAUCACCGAGCUGCAACCUGGCCUCUUCCACCACCUGCGCUUUCUGGAGGAGCUACGUCUCUCUGGGAACCAUCUCUCACACAUCCCGGGACAAGCCUUCUCUGGUCUCUACAGCCUGAAAAUCCUGAUGCUGCAGAACAACCAGCUGGGAGGCAUCCCCGCCGAGGCGCUGUGGGAGCUGCCCAGCCUGCAGUCCCUGCGCCUAGAUGCCAACCUCAUCUCCCUGGUCCCGGAGAGGAGCUUUGAGGGGCUGUCCUCCCUCCGCCACCUGUGGCUGGACGACAAUGCACUCACCGAGAUCCCCAUCAGGGCCCUCAACAACCUCCCCGCCCUGCAGGCCAUGACCCUGGCCCUCAACCGCAUCAGCCACAUCCCUGACUGCGCCUUCCAGAACCUCACCAGCCUCGUGGUGCUGCAUCUUCAUAACAACCACAUCCAGCAUCUGGGGACCCACAGCUUUGAGGGGCUGCACAAUCUGGAGACACUAGACCUGAAUUAUAAUGAGCUGCAGGAAUUCCCCGUGGCCAUCCGGACCCUGGGCAGACUGCAGGAACUGGGGUUCCAUAACAACAACAUCAAGGCUAUCCCAGAAAAGGCCUUCAUGGGGAACCCCUUGCUGCAGACGAUCCACUUUUAUGACAACCCAAUCCAGUUUGUGGGAAAGUCGGCGUUCCAGUACCUGCCUAAACUGCAUACACUAUCCCUGAACGGUGCCACUGACAUCCAGGAGUUCCCAGAUCUCAAGGGCACCACAAGCCUGGAGGUCCUGACCCUGACCCGCGCAGGCAUCCGGCUGCUCCCACUGGGGAUGUGCCAGCAGUUGCCCAGGCUCCGAGUCCUGGAACUUUCUCAUAAUCAAAUCGAGGAGCUUCCCAGCCUGCACAGGUGUCAGAAGUUGGAGGAAAUAGGCCUCCAACACAACCGCAUCUCGGAAAUUGGAGCUGACACCUUUGACCAGCUGAGCUCCCUGCGAGCCCUGGACCUGAGCUGGAAUGCCAUUGGGUCCAUCCACCCUGAGGCCUUCGUGACCCUGCGCUCCCUGGUCAAGCUGGACUUAACAGACAACCAGCUGACCACAUUCCCCCUGGCUGGACUUGGGGGCCUGAUGCAUCUGAAGCUCAAAGGGAACCUGGCUUUAUCUCAGACUUUCUCCAAGGACAGUUUUCCAAAACUGAGGGUCCUGGAGGUGCCCUAUGCCUACCAGUGUUGUGCCUAUGGCGUCUGUGCCAGCUUCUACAAGGCCUCUGCACAGUGGGAAGCUGAGAACUUUCACCUGGACGAGGAGGAGGCUCCAAAGAGGCCCCUGGGCCUCUUUGCUGGACAAGCAGAGAACCACUAUGACCUGGACCUGGAUGAGCUCCAGCUAGAGAUGGAGGACUCAAAGCCACACCCCAGUGUCCAGUGUAGCCCUAUUCCAGGCCCCUUCAAGCCCUGCGAGCACCUGUUUGAGAGCUGGGGCAUCCGCCUGGCUGUGUGGGCCAUCGUGCUGCUCUCCGUGCUCUGUAACGGGCUGGUGCUGCUGACCGUGUUUGCCGGUGGGCCCAGCCCCCUGCCCCCGGUCAAGUUUGUGGUAGGUGCGAUUGCUGGUGCCAACACCUUGACUGGCAUCUCCUGUGGCCUCCUGGCCUCCGUCGACGCCCUGACCUUUGGUCAGUUCGCCCAGUAUGGAGCCCGCUGGGAGAUGGGGCUGGGCUGCCGGGCUACAGGCUUCCUGGCGGUGCUUGGGUCGGAGGCCUCGGUGUUGCUGCUCACGCUGGCCGCGGUGCAGUGCAGUCUCUCCGUCUCCUGUGUCCAGGCCUACGGGAAGGCCCCCUCCCUGGGCAGUGUUCGAGCAGGCGCCCUGGGCUGCCUGGUGCUGGCUGGGCUGGCCGCGGCUCUGCCCCUGGCUUCAGUGGGAGAAUAUGGGGCCUCCCCGCUCUGCCUGCCCUACGCCCCACCGGAGGGCCAGCCAGACGCCCUGGGCUUUGCCGUGGCCCUGGUGAUGAUGAACUCAUUCUGCUUCCUGGUCGUGGCCGGUGCCUACAUCAAACUCUACUGUGACCUGCCACGGGGCGACUUUGAGGCCGUGUGGGACUGUGCCAUGGUGAGGCACGUGGCCUGGCUCAUCUUUGCCGAUGGGCUCCUCUACUGUCCCGUGGCCUUUCUCAGCUUUGCCUCCAUGCUGGGCCUCUUCCCCGUCACCCCCGAGGCAGUCAAAUCUGUCCUGCUUGUGGUGCUGCCCCUGCCAGCCUGCCUCAACCCACUGCUCUACCUGCUCUUCAACCCCCACUUCCGGGAUGACCUGCGGCGGCUGUGGCCCCACAUGGGGGCCCCGGGGCCCCUGGCCUAUGCUGCUACCUGUGAGCUGGAGAAGAGCUCCUGCGACUCCACCCAGGCCCUGGUGGCUUUGUCUGACGUGGAUCUCAUUCUGGAAGCCUCUGAGGCUGGGCGGCCCCCUGGGCUGGAGACCUAUGGCUUCCCCCCAGUGACUCUCAUCUCCUGUCAGCAGACAGGGGGCCCCAGGCUGGAGGGCAGCCACUUUGUAGAGCCAGAGGGGACCCGUUUUGGGAACCCUCCACCUUCCACGGAUGGAGAACUACUGCUGACCGCGUCGGGAGGCGGGGGCUUGCCAAUGGGAGGGGCCUUCGCCUCACACUUAUAAAUGUCCGUCCUUGUUCUUCUCUUCCAAUCUCUUCCCUUUGCUCUCUGCUCACUCCAUGAACAAUGGCUGCUUGUAAAAUAGAUACAACCCAAAGUCACCAGCGUGAUUGAUCUGUGGCAGAUGCCCCAGCACGUGGCUCCAUUGCUCUUCUCUCACGAGUGCUUCUUGGUCUGGUUUCCCCUUGGCCUUCCUCGGCUUCACCUCCAUGCUGGGCCUCUUCCCUGUCAUCUCUGAAGCUGUGGACCAGAAACCUGGAUAUUCGUCUGCUUAAGGGAAAUGAGAGAAGUAAAGGACAGUGAAGGGUGGGCGAGGCUGAGCAGGUCCAGGAUCAGGGCACAACGUCAGGGAGUCCUCAUAGAGAAAGGCCAAGCAGGGGAUUGCCAUAGGCAUUUGGACGUCUCCCCUGUGAUGUACGGAUAGGAUGCAAAGUGUCUUCUGUGUCCCAUAAGCCUUGAGAUGUGCCAUGCAAAGAGACUCCUAUUGAAAUAAGUUUUGGAAAAUAUUGCACAUUAUGUCUCUUUCUUAGGGAUUCACAAUACAUAAUAUGUCAGUGUAGUAAAGGCCCUGAGAACUUCUGCAGCAGUGCAACAUGUUGAACUUUGUGUCUCAGUCCCCCCACCCCCACCCCAAUUAUUUGACAACAGGUUAUUUUGUUUGUUGGUUUUUGUUUAUUAUGGAAUACCUGUCAACAUCUCACAGAACUUUGUGCUGGUCUCUCCCAAGGGGCUCAUCUCUUAUCACCUAAUUUUACUCAGUAGCAUCACAAGAUGCCACCAGUCCUUGAAAACUCCAAUCCUAGGAGCUUAACCUGGUGUGAAGCACCAGGGGCAACCGAUAAUUCCAUUAAUCAGGAGAUACUCUCCACACUCUACCCUCCCUCCCCUCUUCUCCUACCCUGGGAAGGAUGGGGAAGCGCCUGCCAUGGUGGGUCCAGCCUCAGCCCCCUAAGUUGGGGCAAGGAGAACGGGAUUCCAGUGCAUGCUCCCACGCCCUCACCAAGCUUAAGCACCAAUGAAACGUCUGCCCUCAGCAAGAGGGAAGAUUCUGAGAACUAGGUGAGGGGCACACAGGGAAGCCUGUGGCUGCCUGGCUUCCCCCUGGCUCCAAGUUGCCUUCCUGUGGUUCUCCAUCACAUGUCCCCUGCCACCUCCUGUCACAAGCCUGGUCCUCCCUUCCCAUCGUAGGUGCUGCCUUCUCUGUGGAGCAGAGGCCCUUAGCCAGCAAAGAGGAGGGAAACUUGUACUGUAGGUAUUGAAUUGUAAGAUACAUUAUAGAUAUUUGGGAUUCCCUGGGUGCCCCAAAUAGGCCAAUGACCUUUCUUCCUUAUGGUUUACCAAGUGCCUCCGAGAGUUUCCACAGAGUACCACCCCCGUCUCCCACCCCUGCCCCCCUGCCCCUCACACACACAUUCAAUCUCAGGAUGAGGAAGUGAGAGCUGAAACUUCCUUGCAGAAGUAAAAGUUGGUUCUUAAAGAAAUAAAACAAGAACCAAGGCUCAGAAGAGGACGAGGCUUGUUCCAGGUCACACGUGUCACCAUCAACAGCAUGAGGAGGAUAAGAGUCUGGAAUCCUGAGACUGAAAGGAGCACUCUCCUCCUGGAUCCCGUUGUGGAUCUCACCCAGGCCCUGCUCAGGGGCCCCACUGCUAGAACUCCUCCUAGUUUCAUACCCUGUAGCUUCUCUCCUAGCACAGGGUCAAACUCAGUGCACACUCACUAAAUGGUGGACCUAUUCAUUAAUUGGUUAUUUGAGAACCCCUGGUCUCCCUAUCUCCCCAGGGCAGACCAAGAGCUCUUGAUGAGAGGAUUUUUCUCUACUUGGCAUAUUGAGCAUUGGUGACCCUUACCGGGGAAAUGAGUUCUCUGAGAUGCCCCAGGGAAUGAUAUUUGAGGCCCUGACUUCCAGAAAUUGCUGGAGACCUCUACCCCAGAGCCUCCCUCAACCCACCUCCAUUGCUGUCCCCCAUGGGGUGAGGGAGCCAACCUUGAGGUGUGGCUGGGCAGCUGUAUUUUGGAGGUUUAGCAGCUGUGGGAAUUGUUCCCUAUGGACAGCCUCUUCCAUGGAAAGAGAGCCAAUGCUUUUCAGCUGCAGGCACCACUGUCACCUUAUCUUCUGCUCCUAAAAAUCUGGGUUUCUGCUGAGGCUGGGCCUUCUGAGCAGAGAAGUGAGGUGGGGGAAGAGAGUGGAGGUGUUUGUCAUGAGCUAUUCUCAUUAUUCAAAAAGUCCAGUUGAUGUUGUACAUUUAUCCCAAAUAAGGCUGUGCAGUAGAGUUUCUUUGUUUCAAGCAAGUCAGUAUGCUACUCCUUUGGUUAUCUCCAUUAUGAUCAGUAAUUUUGAUUGAUGAAUAUGUAUGUCUUUGGUUAAACACAAAAUCAAAAAGCAAAUUAUUAAAUGCAUGCAAAUGCAUUUUGUUUGAUUGACAAAGUCUUCCAAACAGUGUCCAUGAGGAAGAACCCAUCCAAGGGGGCUGUGGUGGUGGAAAUGUUGGGAACUAUUGACCUGGUACGUUUUGCCAUGAGCUUUGUGUUUUGUGCCUUGGCAAACAGAGCCAGCCACAAAUUUCUCUCAGACUGGCUUGUGGGAGAAGAAAUUCCAAUAGUGGUAUUCCAUGGCUUUUAAGCUCUUCUGUACACAAAAAGAAGAAAACUCCUUAAUUCAGUGUUGAGAUUUGAAGACUAUGAAUCAACGAACCCUCUAGCUGGGCCUUCUCUUGCCUUUCUUUCCCCACUUCUAGCCUCCCAACCACCUUCUAGUUUCCCUUUCCAGGAAGAAUAAAAGGUUAAAGAUUGAGGGAAAGGGAGGAGGAAGAGCUGACAACAGUGGCUAGGUCUAAGUAAGUGAGGAUGGGAGGUAGCUAGACCCUUGAUUGUUUUCUGGCACCUUUUCCUCUAACUACCUUUGCUCUGGUUUAUCAUGUUCUCCCACCCCCCACCCCCCACAUCACUUCUGGUUUCCAACCCUAUGCCUUCUCCAGCUGUGUGAAGUACAAGAAUUGUCAAGAUAUAAAUAUUUGGACUCUCCUGUAUAAUAAAGCA